ACACAAACCGCUGCUCAUUGCUCCCCAGUGAAAGCGGCAUUUUAAUCGAGGGAGUCGGUGCUCGAUUGCUCUGGUCUGACGCGAAUAUGGCAGAAUCGGAGUAUAAUGUUUCAGUUCCUCGCUUGAGGUCCCUUCUACAAAUGGAUCCUUACCUCAAAACCUUUGAAAAGGACUUCCAGAGGAGGUAUGGGCUGUUUGAGAAGCAGCUCACACUCCUUGAGGAGGCCGAAGGAGGCUUUGAUCAGUUCACACGCAGCUAUAAGAGUUACGGAGUACAGCGGAUGCCAGACAACAGCCUCGUCUUUAAGGAGUGGGCCCCAGCCGCCGAGGCUCUGUUCCUCACUGGAGACUUCAAUGGCUGGGAUAAUUUUUCACAUCCCUACAGUAAAAAAGACUUUGGGAAAUGGGAGCUGCACAUACCCCCAAAAGAGGACAAGACACCUGCUGUCGCUCAUAACUCCAAGCUGAAGGUGGUUGUUCACACCAGAGCAGGUGAGCGGCUGUACCGAAUCUCACCUUGGGCAAAGUAUGUGACCAGACAUGAGAAGUCCGUCAUCUAUGAUUGGGUACAUUGGGACCCUCCUCAACCUUACGUUCACAAGCACCCUCGUCCACAGAAGCCCAGGAGCUUACGGAUAUACGAGUCCCACGUUGGCAUUGCUUCUCCGGAGGGCAAAGUGGCAUCCUACAGCAACUUUACACACAACGUGCUGCCUAGGAUCAAAGAUCUUGGUUAUAACUGUAUUCAGCUGAUGGCGAUCAUGGAGCAUGCAUACUAUGCUAGCUUCGGUUACCAGGUCACCAGUUUCUUCGCAGCAUCAAGUCGUUACGGCACCCCAGAGGAACUCAAGGAGCUGAUUGACGUGGCUCACUCUCUGGGUAUUAUCGUCCUGCUCGAUGUGGUGCACAGCCACGCAUCCAAGAACACAGAGGACGGGCUGAACCGCUUUGACGGCUCUGACUCCUGUUUCUUCCACAGCGGGCCCCGUGGAGAACACAGCCUCUGGGACAGCAGACUCUUCAACUACUCUGGCUGGGAGGUGUUGCGAUUUCUCCUGUCAAACCUGCGCUGGUGGAUGGAGGAGUACAGAUUUGAUGGAUUCAGGUUUGAUGGAGUGACGUCUAUGCUCUACCAUCAUCACGGGAUCGGAUCAGGAUUUUCCGGGGAUUAUACUGAAUACUUUGGUCUCCAUGUAGAUGAGGACUCUCUUGUCUACCUCAUGUUGGCAAACCAUAUUUUGCACACCCUCUAUCAGGACUGCAUCACUAUUGCAGAGGAUGUGUCCGGUAUGCCCACCCUUUGCCGUCCAGUCCAAGAAGGAGGUCUGGGUUUCGACUAUCGCCUGGCCAUGGCUAUUCCCGACAAAUGGAUUCAAAUCCUUAAGGAGUUCAAGGAUGAAGACUGGAACAUGGGAAACAUCGUGUACACAAUGACCAACAGGCGAUACGGCGAAAAAUGCAUCGCUUACGCCGAAAGCCACGACCAGGCCCUGGUGGGAGACAAAACACUGGCCUUCUGGCUGAUGGACAAGGAUAUGUACACCAACAUGAGCGCUUUGAUUCCCAUGAACUCCGUUAUUGAUCGGGGCAUCCAGCUCCACAAGAUGAUCCGACUGCUUACCCACGGCCUGGGAGGAGAGGGCUACCUAAACUUCAUGGGCAAUGAGUUUGGCCAUCCGGAAUGGCUGGAUUUUCCCCGAGUCGGCAACAAUGAGAGUUAUCAUUACGCCCGCCGGCAGUUCAACCUCGUAGACUUGGAUCACCUGCGUUACCGGCAGCUGUACGCUUUCGACCGAGACAUGAACCGCACGGAGGACAAGUAUGGCUGGCUGGCUGCUCCCCCGGCUUACAUCAGCGCCAAACACGAGGGAGACAAGGUGAUCGUCUUCGAGAGGGCCAACGUCAUCUUCAUCUUCAACUUCCACGCAACCAACAGCUACAGCAACUACAGAGUGGCAGUGGGGCCGCCGGGGAAAUAUAAGAUCAAACUGGACUCGGAUGAAAUCCAGUAUGGAGGUCAUGGCAGACUGGACCACAACACUGAGUUCUUCACUGAACCAAUGGAAUUCAACAAUCUGCCCAACUCUAUAUUGGUUUACAUUCCCUGCAGAACCGCUAUUGUUCUGGCCAACGAGGAAAUCGAUUACUGCUACUGAAACACAAUCAGCGAUUCAUCGCCAGAUGGAAACCCAGCACACUUCUGUGACUCAACCUACCUCCAUUCACAGCGUGUUUGCCAUCAUCCUUUAGAAAGCCCACGUUUUCCCGAGAAUUGAGUACAAGAUGUUAUGAAUACCUUCUAUCCCAUUUCUGUUCGAGUCAUUUUUUCUCUCAUUGUUCACAGAUUAUUGAUUAUCAAGAAUUAGUUUCUCAAUAUCCCACUGCCCAACUGAGCUAAAGUCUGAUUGUCAAACCCUGUUAUGUUAAAAUUCAAACAAAACUUCAUUCAAAUGGUUAGAUCAUUGCCAGAUCUUAAUUACUACUGAAAUUGCUAUUCAACUGUGAAUAAUGUUAAAGUAAAUAAUCACUUGGAUUGUGGUCAGCACUGUAUUUAUAAUACUGUAAUUGUGAAAAGUAAAUAUAAUUACUUUACAUAAGUUUGAUUUGUCUGCUAUUUAAUUUGACACAAGCACUUUUUGACAUUCUGUGUCAGUGAUUUAAGUUCUGUAUAAAUAUGUAUGUGCACCAAGUAUUAAUUCAUCAAUUCAAGUUCAAACAAAUAAAAAAAUUGUUUGAGAACGACGUAUUGAUUACAUGUCAGUUCAGUGCUAAGCUCUUGAAUUAUAUAGUUUUUAAUACAUGAACUCUGUGCAAAGUCAUAAAAUCGAAGUUAUAUUUUUUCUGACAGGCUGUUAUUUUGGUGCCUUUAAAACUUUUCAGUCAUAACCAGGUUUUGAUGAAUAUUAAUUUGACUAAAUUAGAUUUUUUUUUUGUAUUCAUUUAUAAUAUACAAUCUGAGAUAAUAUAGCUUGUGCUAAUAAUAAAUAUGAAUUCAUUUUCAGACAGUCGUGUAGCUCAGAGAAUGUGCUAACUCACUGCCCGACAUGCAUGUAAACAUCUUUUAUAAUAUAUUUUCUUUUUUUUCUCUUCAAUGACAACAGCUUUUUGUAGCCCUGAUCGAGAUCCAGAAGUAAGUCUGUUUGAAAAUUUAUGAAAAUUAUUAUUGUAAUCUUAAAGCUGCUCUCCUCAAGGUGUCAUUGGACAUCUUCUUGUUUUGUGGUUCUGGUUUGAAGAAAUCAAAAUUUGCCCUCAGUGAAUUUGAUGCUCUCAUAGAUGUACAGUAGUUGGUAGCAUAGGGCAUGUCAAAACUUCUCCAGGGCCCCAAACCACCCUCGGACCCCAGAGGGUUAAACACUGUGCCAUUUGUGGGUGAAAGCCAUACUAAACUGAAAUAAAGCAC